GACCAAAAGCUACAGUAUUGUAUAUAUUGCGAAACGAUUCCCCGUUUAUCACCAUCUAAAAAUCCUCUCUGAAAACUCAACAGAAUGGCAUCCUCCGCGAUGGUACUUGACCCGAAACCCGUUCCGUCAUCGGCACCCGACCUGAAUCAGACGGAGGGCGAAGAAGAAGAUCUGUACAGCCGCCUAAAAGCGCUGCAGAGGCAGCUAGAAUUCAUCGACAUACAAGAAGAGUACGUGAAAGACGAGCAGAAGAAUCUGAAGAGGGAGCUUCUGCGGGCGCAGGAGGAGGUGAAGCGGAUCCAAUCAGUGCCCUUGGUUAUCGGGCAGUUCAUGGAGAUGGUGGACCAGAACAAUGGAAUCGUGGGGUCGACUACGGGGUCCAAUUAUUAUGUGAGGAUUUUAAGUACUAUUAACAGAGAGCUGUUGAAGCCGUCUGCUUCGGUUGCGCUUCAUCGCCAUAGUAAUGCUCUGGUCGACGUGUUGCCUCCUGAGGCUGAUUCGAGUAUCUCUUUGCUUUCUCAAUCUGAGAAACCUGAUGUCUCUUACAAUGACAUUGGAGGAUGUGACAUUCAAAAGCAGGAGAUUAGGGAGGCAGUGGAGUUGCCUCUCACUCACCAUGAAUUGUACAAACAAAUUGGAAUAGAUCCACCUCGUGGUGUCUUGCUUUAUGGUCCGCCCGGCACUGGGAAAACUAUGCUUGCCAAGGCUGUUGCCAACCAUACAACUGCAGCCUUCAUUAGAGUUGUUGGCUCUGAGUUUGUUCAGAAGUACUUGGGGGAGGGCCCUCGUAUGGUUCGUGAUGUUUUUCGACUUGCUAAGGAAAAUGCUCCUGCAAUUAUUUUUAUUGAUGAGGUAGAUGCUAUUGCAACUGCUAGGUUUGAUGCACAAACAGGAGCUGAUAGAGAAGUUCAACGUAUCUUGAUGGAACUUCUGAAUCAGAUGGAUGGGUUUGAUCAAACUGUGAAUGUCAAAGUCAUUAUGGCUACAAAUCGGGCAGACACUUUAGAUCCCGCUCUUCUUCGUCCUGGAAGGCUUGAUCGAAAAAUUGAAUUUCCAUUACCAGAUAGAAGACAAAAGAGGCUUGUUUUUCAGGUUUGCACCUCUAAAAUGAAUCUCAGUGAUGAGGUUGACUUGGAGGAUUAUGUUUCUCGGCCAGACAAAAUUAGUGCUGCUGAGAUUGCAGCUAUAUGUCAGGAAGCAGGCAUGCACGCAGUACGCAAGAACAGGUAUGUCAUCCUCCCAAAGGACUUCGAGAAAGGUUAUCGAACAAAUGUGAAGAAGCCCGACACCGACUUUGAAUUCUACAAAUGAGGAGAAGUGGAAUUUUCCUUGUUCAUGGUCUGGACUUUGUUUAAGGAAAAUAUUUGAUGAAGUAUCUGGUAUAAUAGUGUUGAGAUGAGGUGAUGGAUACAGUCUGAUAUUAGUUUCUCAUAGGAAAGAUAGUAUUUUCCUUCCAAGUUGGUGUGUACUUAUUUUUCUAUUAUCUGACAUCAAGUUUAAGUUCAAA